AUGGGGGCGACGGACCCGCGGGACCACCUCAACAGGUACAAGGCAAUCAUGAUGAUGACAGGCGUUAAUGACGCCAUCAUGUGUCGCGGCUUUUGCACGACUCUGGAUGGGCAGGCCCAGGAUUGGUUCGGGUCCUUGCCAGGGGACUCCAUCCCCACUUUUGCGGUCCUGACCAAGAAGUUCAUGUCACACAUCGCGGGCAGCAUUCAACGGCGGAAGCAGUUCGCCGACCUAUAUUACCUGAAGCAAGAUAAGUCGGAAUCUUUGGCGGAGUACCUGAGUAAGUGGAAGAUGGAAGCUAUGGGGGUGACGAAUUUUGACGAAAGGUCUGCCAUCCCGUUUUUCACCAACAACCUCAGGUCGGGUCCUUUCCACAGCGACCUUGUCCGGAAUGAGAUGAAGACGUACACAGAAUUGAUGGACCGCGUCGCGCGGUACGCUAACGCGGAGGCAGCCGAAAAGAGGAAGAAGGAAGAGGAGGAAGGCCACGGACGAGGCGACAGGGCACCUCAACCUCAAGAGGACCGCCGCCCUCCCCGGUCACGCCGUGACCGGGGUCCCUGA